GUCUAAUUUACAGUGUAGGUGGAGCACAGGAGGAAACUAACCGAGGAGCGACAACAACAACAGACAGGUUUACUUUUUCAGUUCCUGGACGAGGGGAAAAAAACCGAGUGAAGUUACCUCUCAGUCUUUUAUCAGCAGCAGAAGUUGAUAUCAGACAGUCGACAGAGUCUGGUGUCGCUCGGGGAAGAUUUCGUGAUGAUUGAGGUGUCGAUACCCUCCAUGGAGAGGGAAGUGGAUGAGUCCGGAAAGACCAAAAAGCUUUUCAGAGUUGAAGUCUUGUUUAACGAGAGGAAACAUUUUGUGCUCAGAAGAAGCAGCGAGUUCCAGGCUCUGCACAGAAAACUCAGGAAGGUCAUCCAGACCCCUGAUUUCCCCAGCAAAAGAAACCCCCACUUGAGGACCAAACCUCCAGAGCAGAGGAGGCAGGAGCUGGAGGACUACGUCCAGGAUAUCAUCUAUCAGAAUGAAGACGUGCCGCAGGUGCUGCUGGACUUCCUGCAUGUUAGACACUUUCACACGGGGAACAAGGUCAGCAGCAUGGAGUCACUUGACGAACUGGACGGUCAGGACUACAGUUAUCAGUUAACACAUCAGCAAGUGUUUGGAUUUUUUAAGGAUCCGUACAUCUCUGACUGCACCUCAGAUCUCCCAGACGUCAUCGUGGACGGGGUUCUUCAGGGUUUUUAUCCGCGGGACAUCCGGGUCACCUUUACCUCACCCACCGUCACUGAGCCUGGCUCUACUAUUUCUAUGGAAGACGCGUGAAAAAGCCAGCUUUUAAGAUGCAAAGUUUUAAAAUAGAAUAUCCAAUAACAACAGCAAUAAAGCUUGACAAAAUAACAAUCAGCUUAUGGUUAGAUACUGCUGAAGAAAAGCAGCCUAAACCAGGUGACUUUGACAAUGCUUUGGUCCAAACUCAACACUCCCAGUGGGGGAGCUGUGGUCCUCAUACUUCUGUUGUGACGUUCAACCACAUCAAACAUUUUAAACCAAAAAAGCAAAACUCAGACAUGAAGCUGGUGUUUGUUUGAGUAGCGUAUACUAUUUCCCUUUCUUAGAGGGAUACAAAAGCUGGUUUUAGUCAUUUACUGUCUAAUUUAGCUCGAAAACAAAAGAGCUGUGUGUGCGUGCGCGUGUGUGUGAAUAAAAUGACUUGAAGUUAAUGGGCAGAGGGGUCAUAGUUAGAUGUGUAUAACUUUUUUAGAAAUGUGAGACAAGUCAAGCUGAUGUAAGAUUUCUAGUUUUUAGGUGAAUCACAGUCAGCCUUUGAAGCUUCGGGCCAAAUACUGAUGUAAAGGGGUUUGGGGGGUUUUGUAGCAUUUUUGGUGUAAUAAAAUGUUUCUGUAGAUGCUCUAUACUUUUGUAUCAUAUUGUUAAUAUUGGAAUUAUAAUAAAGAAUGCAAAAUGA